AUGGAGGCCGACUGGGAUGAGCUAGCCAUCGUUCAUCUGCCGCCCCCGGGACCGCAUCUGCCCGCCGUACCCAUAUCGACGUUUGCUUUUGAUACGACGCAAGAGUUACUAUGGACUGGUAAUAAUCAUGGAAGGGUGACGUCCUUGUACGGACCGCACCUCGAACGAUACACUGCAUUUCGCGGACAUGCACCUCCCGACGGGCCCGUUAAACAAUUUCUCUUCACCGAAAAGGGCAUAAUUUCAAUCUCAAAACAAAGCGUUCACUACUCGCACCGUCGCGGGCUCACACAAUGGCAUUUGACGAAUCCCGAUUUCAAAGAUCUGAAAUGCAUGAACUUCACAUCCAAGGGCACACGCGAGAUUCUUGUCGCAGGGUGUCAAGAGCAAAUGUUCAAAGUAGAUGUUGAAAAGGGAGUUGUAACAGAAACUCUACCUGCUGAAGCCCAGUAUACAAUCAUGAAACGCGCUGGCCAAUACCUCUGCGCUGCAACCAAGAACGGCGGCAUCCAUAUUAUUGACUCGAAUUCGCUAUCGGUAAUCAAAAUCUUCGAAGGACAUACAGGUAGCAUCAGCGACAUGGACGCCAAGGGCGAUUUCCUCGCAACAUGUGGCUGGUCGCCGAGGCAGCAGUAUGCGUACAUGCUUGAUCCCUUCACAAAUGUCUUCUCGUUGAAGACACUGAAGCAGCUUCCUCCUAUCCCUUUCCAUACCGGUGCAGCAUUUGUGCGCAUGCAUCCACGCAUGUCGACUACGGCCUUUAUCGCGUCACAAAACGGCCAGAUGCAGGUUAUUGACCUUAUGAAUCCCGACUCGGCAAAUCUUCGUCAGUUGAAUCUGUAUGAAUCCUAUCUGACGGGCUUCGAGAUGGCGCCUUCCGGUGAGGCUAUUGCACUAGCAGACUCCAACUCUACCAUUCAUCUAUGGGGCUCCCCAACAAAAGUACACUUUCCGGAAUACAGUAACCCUACAGAAUUUGCAGAUCAACAUGUGACGCCCCAAGUAUCCAUGGACUGGAGUCCGGAUAAGCCACUGAACACUAUCGGCAUGCCCUACUACAAAGAACAGCUUCUGUCAAGUUGGCCGAGUCAUCUCGUUUUCGAAGUUGGCGCUCCCCCGCCAAAAAUCGACAGCAUGAUACUGAAUAACAUGACGCGAACUGAGAUUGGGUUCUUUGCGAAAAAUCCUAGAACCAAGCGCAGGAAUCAGGCUGAAGCGACACGACACGUUGAUAGAGUCAGCGACUCGCUGUCGGCGCCCAAGUUCUUGAGCGAAAAGUCACGAUCUUCACAGUCCUUUACCGAGCCAGACGCCAAGCUAUCAGAGACAAUGGAGACGUUGACUGACUUGCACCUCGACGAUGUGACUAGGAAGGAUGUCCCAGCCAUGUACGGAAACGUGGAGAUCAAGUACAGCAAAUUCGGUGUAGAUGACUUUGAUUUUGCAUACUAUAACCAAACUCCCUACUCUGGCUUGGAAACGCACAUAACCAAUUCUUACGCUAACCCACUCCUACAACUCUUCCGGUUCACGCCACUGAUUCGGAAUCUCGCGCUGCAGCAUACUGCCUCACCCUGUCUCUUUGAGUCUUGUCUUCUUUGCGAACUAGGCUUUCUGAUAGACAUGCUGGAGAAGGCUGCUGGUCUCAACUGUCAAGCAUCCAAUUUCCUAAAAACGUUCAGCGGGCUCUCCAAUGCAGUGUCACUGAACCUACUGGAGGAGUUUGCGCCAAAUGUGGCUCUAACGAGCAUGAUCCAGAACUUGAACCGAUUUCUGCUCGACAAGGUUUCUGAAGAGUUCCGACAGAUGUUGCCUGGUCAUACUGGACCGUCAGCAAUGGAUCAAGUACUGGAAACCCAGGCCAGAGCGAGUAUGCGCUGCGCGCAAUGCAACAACGAGACAAUUCGCGGGGGCAAGAACUUUGUCAAUGAGCUAGUAUACCCAGCAAAACAUGUCAUGAAAAAUACCCGGAUACCGCGCCCCACGUUUUCGCAGAUUCUCAAAGCUAGUGUCGAGCGUCAAGAUCAAACUAGGGGCUGGUGCACCAAGUGCAACCGAUAUCAACAGAUGGUACAAAGGAAGACUAUCCAGUCGGUUCCUGGUGUGUUGAUGCUCAAUGCGGCAAUCCAAAGUCACGAAGCGAAGUUGUUGUGGUCAAUGCCGAAUUGGCUACCACAAGAGGUGGGUAUCAUAGUAGAUCAGGGCCAAUUCUUCUGCUUCGAAGGUCAAGAUUUGAAGUUACAUUUGCAGCGCGGCGUGCACCAGAUCAUGGUGUAUGAGCUUGUUGGAAUCGUUGCCGAUAUCAAUAGUGGGGAGCACCAAAAGCCACAUUUGGUGGCGACGAUAAACACAGGACCAUCGUCACGAGAGGAGGAUGCGGAAGAUAGGUGGCACCUUUUCAACGACUUCUUGGUGAGGCCGAUACCUAAAGAGGAAGCUUUGCGAUUUGAACCAAGCUGGAAGCUACCGUCGGUUUUGGCCUUCCAGGUGAAGACCGCCCGCAAUAAGAUCGAUGACUCAUGGAAGGAGAAUCUGGACACGUCCAUCUUAUACCGGUGGUGGUCCUCCAACCCCACGCCUCCAGAGUCGAAAUUCAAAUUACUCCAGCAUGCAACAGAGGCGCCACGUCCCGGCUACCCCGUCGCCAUAGACGCCGAGUUCAUCCGCCUCCAAGCCGAAGAAAUCGAAAUGAAGGCCGACGGCACACGACAAACCAUCCGUCCCGACCGCAAAGGCCUCGCCCGAGUCUCCGUCUGCCGCGGCCAAGGCGAACACGCAGGUCUCCCCUUCAUCGAUGACUACAUCGCCGUAACCGAACAAGUAGUCGACUACCUAACUGAAUGGUCCGGAAUCUCCCCAGGAGACCUAAGCCGCGAGACCUCCCCGCACGCCCCCGUCUCCUUAAAGCACGCGUACAAAAAGCUCUGGCUCCUCCUCAACCUCGGCUGCGUCUUCGUCGGCCACUCCCUCGCAAACGACUUCCGCACAAUCAAUAUCCACGUGCCUAAAAAUCAGGUCGUAGAUACCUCGAAUCUCUGGUUCAAGCCAGACUUUAAAAGGAAGCUCAAUCUCAAGUUCUUGGCCUGGUGUGUACUCAAGGAAAGUAUUCAGGAGGAUACGCAUGAUUCGAUUGAGGAUGCGACGACGGCGCUGAAGCUGUGGAGGAAGUGGCAAGAGUUUGAGGAUGCCGGCGUGUUGGAACAGAUGCUUAAUGAUGUUUAUGCGAAAGGUAGUACGGUGGGAUUUAAGGCGCCGGGCAGUGGGGCUAGGGUGGUGAGUGGGAGGCAUGGGGGUAGAGGGGGGAGUGGUGGGAGUGGCGAGGUGUCGGAGGUGCUGACUACGCCGAAGAAGGGGGGGAGUCAGUUUGGGGGCGUUGGAUUUAGGAGUCCGAUGAGGAGGCCGUAG